AUGGCCGCAACUGGCAGAGGCGACACCACCUCGAAACCCACCGCCUCGGAGCGGGCCGCUACUAAACGCCGCCAGGUCCGCAAAGGAACCCGAAGCUGCUGGGAGUGCCGCCGACGCAAGAUCCGCUGCCUUUUCGACGAGACGGGACCCCGUGACACGUGUCGAAGAUGCUGGCAAAAAGGCACACCCUGUGUCAGCCAGGAGUUUCCGGAAGAACACUUGCCACAGACGCAAGCCACCGCUGGCAACGUCGGGGAUCGUUUGGGCCGGAUGGAGAGGCUUGUUGAGCAGCUCUACCGGACGAAUUCCACUGAGUCUGCAGCACAAGAUACUCUUCCAGACCAAGAAUAUAGGGCGGCUUCGACGGCACCCUUGUCCUUGGGAACCCCGCAGACAGCCGUUGCGCGCGACGAAGAUGAUGCGCCAUGCCAGAACGGCUCCGUAAGCCCGUCACUCGAGCCGUCAAGGCCACAGCCUGUAUCUCGAACAAAGUCACCAGAGCUCAUCGCUGUUGAAGACGCGACACACAACCAAAAUGAAAACUCCACCGGGCCUAGACUACCAGCCAACGCUCACCUGGCGGCUCUCAACAAGGAACUAACAGCUGCACUUCCGUCUGCAGAGGACUGCAAGGUCAUCAACGAGCUAUACUCCGAUGCUGACCUAGUGUUCCAAUUCAUGUUAGCGCCGCAGGGCACACUGGAGAAGCUGGCACCAGAAACAGUGGAACAAUUCGUCGCAAGCCUGUACCAGCCAAUGCAUCCCGUGGCUCUCGCUAAGAAGAUGUUGACACUGGCUACCAUGUUGCAGAGGAUUCCUUCAACAUACGCUCGAAGGAACCAGCAAGAUACUUAUUCCACCAUGCUGGAGGCUACGGGUCCGCUCGACCUCGAAAUGCAAGCCGCCGCCGCGGCCAUGCCGCCUCGAUGGUGGACUCUUCCCCGAUUCAACAGCGACCCUGAUAAGCCCCUGUCAGUGGUGCUCGAGAGCCUGCGGCUUUGCGGUCAAAUCUUUCACUACUUCCUCCUCAUCCAACUACAUCUCCCCUUCAUGCUUCGGCACUCGCGAGACGGGGCGGCUAGUAGCAGCAGGAUGGCGUGCAUCGACGCGAGCCGAGAGGUGCUCUCUCGAUUCGUCGCCAUCCGCAGCGCCAAGGAAGUCUGCAGCAUCCCCGACGCAGCCGACUUCUUUGCCCUCAUCGCCGGCAUGACGCUUCUCUUGGCACACAUUGACGCUCGCAGACGGGAUCGAGGGAAUGACAUGCUGGCGCACCAAAGACAUACCGAUCGCGACAAGGUCGAGGAGACGCUGGAGCUGAUGCGUGACGGGAGCUCCGUAUCGACGGAUGUGUUAUCCAUGAAGAGCGCGGAUGUGCUACGUAACUUGCUCAGCAUCGAAGCGCACGCGACGAACGGGUCGACUUUCACGGCGAGCUUGACACCCAGCACCGCAUCGACACCUGUCACAGGGAAUUUCGGGCCUCCAGAUGAGGCUUCAAACUUGCUGCAGCUUAGAAUCCCGUACUAUGGGACUGUUACCAUCUCCCCCGACGCGCCGCCCUUGCGGGAGCCUUUCAGGUUUGUUGGGCACCAAACAUUGCAGGAGCAAGAUACGUUUGGAUACCAUCAUACCACGAGCAUGGCUUUGGACCAUCGAGAUACAGCGGCGACGAAUAUUGCUGUCGAACAGAGCUUUCCACUUACCUCCGACCAAGGCCUGAUGACGACCAGCAACCGACCACUACUUGCUGAAGAUCAGGCUCUUGGCCCUGGGUUUUCGGCCCGUGUGGAAGACUGGACGUUCCAAGGCGUAGACGCAGCUUUCUUUGAUUGUAUGAUAAGAGGUUUCGAAGAACCAGAUUCUUGA